AGAACAAAAAAUGUGAAAAGGAAAUAGAUUCAAAAAAUCAACGGAUGUUAUGAAGCCCACACAUUUUUUGUUAUUAGAAUUAGUUAGAUUUAUCAGGAAAAAACGAUCUCAAAAAAAUUCACCGUCAAUGGCCGAGCCGAACACCGACUCCGACUCUCUCCCUCCACCACCGUCCGCCGCAGACGGCGGUGGCGCCGUCACAACCGGCGGUGGUUUCGGGAGCUUCUUCCAAUUGAAUCGGCCGAAGCUGCGAGUGACGUCGGAGUACGAUAGCGAGAGCCUCGGCAUCUUCAACAAAGUGUCGUGCAAAUUAUUCGACAAUUUGGCGAAAUUGAAGCUGACUUUUCGGAACGACGACAAAGGUGGAGUGUCGGAGCCGCAGGUGUACCUCACUUCGAAAUUGCUGUCGCUUCAAUACGACGUCGCGGAGAGCGAUGCGCUGAUUAAGGCGUCGUUUGAAAUCAUUCCAGGGCUACAAUUAAGGGCUGCGCACGAAGUCAAGGCUCGACAAGGAGAGGUUGCAAUGGUUGCAGAUCUUGCAGGUCCAGCCUACAAAUUGGAACUUUCAUCGGCUCUCCCGUUUAUUGGCGCGCCGAGAGCAACCCUAAAAUUUCCUCUCGGUGAAGUUUCAUUUGAGGAGAGAGCGGAGGAUGAAGAGGAACAGGGGACAGCUUUAUCUGUUAAUGCGAUUGUCAAAAGGCAGUUUCUUGAUGGACUUUGUACUGCCCGAUAUAGAGACGAUAGUUUGAAUUUAAGAUACGUAUACAAGGAUGAGCAAAUGACAUUCAUUCCAAGCAUAUGCCUACCUUCGAACGAGGUAUUAUGCGCAUUUAAGCGAAGAUUUACUCCUACGGACAAGUUGAGCUACUCGUACAACUUCGAUACAAACGAUUGGAGCGCAGUGUAUAAACACACAAUGGGGAAGGACUACAAACUAAAAGCUGGUUAUGAUACUAAAGUACGACUCGGGUGGGCGUCUCUCUGGGUUGGAGAAGAAGAUGGGAAAGCUAAGACAGCUCCGAUGAAGAUGAAAGUGCAAGUGAUGGUCCAAGUUCAUCAAGAUCAUAUCAAAUCUCCUGCACUUAUGUUCCAUGUCAAGAAGAGGUGGGACAUAUAAAUUUUAAUAAACUCUUUUUUUUUUUUAAUUUUUUUUUUAAUUUUUUUUUUAUUUAUGUUGGCAGAAUUAUUCUGCUGUAAUGAAUUUCACUUUUGCUGAAAAUAUAUUUUCUUCUUUUUGUAAUGAGAUGUUGUAGUGUACAAAUAUUUAAUUCAUAGGUUACAUCAUAAUUCGUAUAGUGAAAUUUACGUUUCAA